AUGGGUAACAUUGCCAGGUCGAGUAGAGGUUGCGCCCGCUGUCGCAAACGGAAGAUCAAAUGCGACGAAGGCAGACCGGGCUGCCAAAAAUGUGCCCAGCUACGCCAACCUUGUCCUGGAUAUCCUUUCCAGCUACAGCUCCAGUUUCGAGAGCCUCAAGACGGCCCCUCUGCAGUCCCGGAUACCAAACAGCAAUUACUUGGUCCCCGCUACCCUCCAGCUCGACCCAUCAUCGCAGCGCGAAAGCCCGGCUCAGAAUACCCAGCCAAAGUCAAGACCGAGGACGACGCGAGCGGUAGUGCUUUGCAGAACAUUGCUCCUACUCAACGGCCAAUAUCGCCUUCAUUACGUUAUGACAUCCCACAUCAGUCGAUGUGCUUCUUUCUCAACCUGUUCUGCUUUCAAGCAGGCCGCCUCUACUCCUUUCCCGUCCUUGACUUCUUACCAGACAUGCUUCGGGCUGCAGAAGACGGAUCGUGCGUCAAGAAAGCAGCCAUGGCAGUGUCCCGGAUGACGCUAGCCGACAGGUACAGUGGCAAAGACGUGAGGCUGCAGACCGGUAAAGAAUAUGGUCAAGCCUUGCGCCUAACCAACGCCACGAUUCGUGACACGAAGGCAAGCAUACAAGACGAGACAGUACUUGCUGUUUGGCUUCUUGGGCUUUAUGAGAUGAUUAGCGUUGUUCUCACCCACGGACGGACGAAUGCCGACUCCCCAACACUCGAGGAAGAAUGGCAGGCACAUCUGUUGCAUGUAAGAGGGGCCAUGAACCUAUUGCGCCUUCGAGGAAUGUCACAGUUCACUACGGCGCGUGGAGAGAAAAUCUUCCGCAUCUUCAAAGCUGCCAUUCAAAUGCGACUUUUCAUACUGACUUCGGUCUUCUCCAAAGACUUCGACAACCUUGAGAUUGACAUGUACCAGGAAGAACACGAGUUCGUCCCUUCUCAAACAGCAAACAGGGCAUCUGCGUAUUUUCACCGAGUCGCCCGGUUACUGGAGAAAGUCAAACAGUUCCUAGCUCAAAUGUCUCUGCAACCAGAGAAGACCAGAGCCACGGCAGAAGUAUUCCUAAAGAGCGGGGAGACUUUAGAUGAAGACAUGACAGGCUGGAGCAAAGAUGAGCCUGGCUGGGAUAUGAUGAGAAUCCGUGCUCCGACAGCUGGCACGAUGUGGGCCCUCUAUCCAUCGCACGCGCUCUAUCAUUUCUACAGCUUCUGGGUCUUCUUGUAUUGGCUACGAUUCCUCGCUGCUCGUUACAAACUGUACGAGGGCCUCAUCGAGCUGUUGAAGCUUGAUGUCGCGCAUUCUUCAGCCAAGCCUCGAGCCGUGCCCACCAGCACUGACUUUCGGAUGUCCAAAUAUCGUACCAUUAUUCAGAUGACUGCCUCCGAAUUGAUUGGUCUGACGGCAUAUGCUCUGGGAGACGUGACACCUACUGGCGAUUUCAACUCAUCUAUAUCUGGUCAUCAUCCCCGGCAGGGAUUCCAAGAAAUAAACGUUGUUGCGGCGAUGCAGCUUGUCCUACCACUGAAGAUGUUGCAGCGAUCUGGAUACCUCACAGCCACCCAGAAAGGCGCGGUCGACCUGGCAAUUUCGCAUAUCGGCGAUGGAUUCCGACGGCAGCCGUUGGUGUUCCUUUGA